AUGUCGCAAUACAAAACGGGUUUACUUCUAAUACAUCCGGCAGUGACUACAACACCAGAGCUAGUGGAGGAUACUAAAGCUCAAGCUGCAUUCAAGAAGGUCAAGUUUGUGGACCAGUUUUUAAUUAAUAAACUAAAUGAUGGGUCCAUAAAUUUGGGGAAGGCCAAAUAUGAAACCAUCCAAUAUUUGACACCAGAAGCCCUGACUGAUAUCAAGUUUCCGAAGAAGUUAAUUUCUGUCUUAGCUGACUCAUUGAAACCAAAUGGCUCACUAAUGGGUUUAAGUGAUAUUUAUAAAGUAGACGCAUUGAUUAACGGUUUUGAAAUAGUUAACGAGCCAUUUUACUACUGGAUUAAAAAGGAUUUUUCUAAGCUUAACCGAACUGUUUCCAUACCGUUGAAAAAUAAGAAAAUGAGCAGCACUAAGCUGCAGAGUGGUAGCACGCUCCCAGCUUUCAAAAAGGCUGGUUCCUCAACUUCUAAUCUGCCUUCAUUCAAAAAAGCAGGUGAUACAAAGGAACCUAUAGUCAAGAGAACAGACGGCUUCAAACCACCUAGGUUUGAGAUGGCUGCUGAACCAAAAGUGCAUAGAGUUGUAGACGACCUAAUUGAGGACAGUGAUGAUGAUGAUUCCUCUAGUGACUCUUCCAAAGCUCAAUAUUUCGACCAAGUGGAUAUCGGCAAUGAUUCUAUUGAAGAAGAAGACUUAAUCGACGAAGACGAUUCUAAUAAGCCAAUGAUUACUAUGAUUACAUGUGGUAAGUCCAAAACUAAAAAGAAGAAAGCUUGUAAAGAUUGCACCUGCGGUAUGAAAGAGCAGGAAGAAAGGGAAAUAAAUGAUAUUAGAUCUCAACAGGAUAAAGUUGUCCAGUUUACCGAGGAUGAGUUAACUGAAAUUGAUUUUACCAUCGAUGGGAAGAAAGUCGGCGGCUGUGGCUCUUGUUCUCUAGGGGAUGCCUUUAGAUGUAGUGGUUGUCCUUACUUGGGUCUCCCUGCCUUCAAACCUGGCCAACCUAUCAAUUUGGAUAGUAUUUCGGAUGACUUGUAA